UAAAAAAAAAAAAAAUCAUUUAAUGUAUAUUUUUGAAACUUACCUUGAUUUCUUUAUAUUUUCAUAGAACAUAUGCUUAAAAUUUUCAAGGCUGUGAAGCAAAAAGAAUAUACAUUUAUUUAGCUUAGUAUUUCGGGUAUUUUUUGUGCGAUUAUUGUUAUCUAAAUUUAAAUACUUGCACUUUUUUUUUUUUUUGCAGUCUAUAAUAUUUAUAAAUAUGAGUGAUAUUAGUCUAUCGCAGUAUAAACAGCAGUUGUUAUCUGUUGAAGAUGCUAUAAAGACUGCCACUGGGGACAGCAAAGUUGAACUGAUUGACCUCAGAAAUAAACUUUUUGAAGUAAUAACUUUAUUGCAAGGUGGUGUAAAUGAGUCUGUAUCUGCCAAAAAUGACUCUAAAGAGUCAAGUCAUGGAAAUAUUGAUGAUGAAUUUCUUCAAUUUCAGAAAGAAAUAAAUCAGUUAGAAACUGCCGAUAAAGAUGAAAGUAAAUGUGAUCAAAAUGUUCAUGAUGAGCUAUGCAAAGUUUUGUCUUCCAUGGAGGGCAACAAGUGUCGUGCUCCAUUCAGAAGCCAACGUGGAGAAAUUGGAUACCAUAAUGCAAUAAUUUUUUCUACCGACUUAGAAGAUGAUAUUGAUGACAUUCAAGAUGUAAUGGUAAAAGUGAUGUUUUGCAACCCUGUUUGCGAAGAAAUGAGACCUUGUCCAUAUUUUUUGGACGGUCAUUGCAAAUUUCAUGACAACAGAUGCAGGUAUUCUCAUGGAUAUAGUAUCAAAUAUUCAGAUUUAGAAGAAUAUAUUCUUCCUGAUUAUAGCGAUGUAGAUAGAGAUUCAAGAUGUUUAGUGAAACAUGAAGAUGGAUUGUGGCAUACUGCUGUUGUUGAACAUUAUUUGGGGGACCAUAAAUAUUUUGUUAAAGAUAGUGACUCAGGUGAUACUAUAACAGUUGAUGCUCAUGAUCUUCUACCACUUAACCAAUUAGCUUUGUCAGAUGAUGACACUAGUAGUAGUGAAAGCUCUUCCUCAGAAUCAGAAAGUGUUGCUGAAUUCAGAAGUCCAAAUGGUGCUUCUUGUUAUGCUUCAAAUGAAAUUAACUACAGUGUGCAGGUGGGUUCAUCUGCUAUGGGAGAGUGGGAACAACAUACUACGGGCAUUGGUUCUAAACUGAUGGCAAAAAUGGGCUACGUUUGGGGGGAAGGACUUGGAAAAAACAGUGAUGGCAGAAUUGAACCAGUUGAAGCAAUUAUAUUCCCUAAAGGUAAAUCCUUGGACAAAUGCGCUGAACUGCGUAGUGUUUCUGGACCUGAAUCUGUAGAAGAUAGAUUUAAGGCUGAGCAGGUGAAACAAGAAGAAAGAAUUAAGAAGAUGGAAAAUACACAUGAAAGCUCCAUUUUCACCUUCCUCAAUCAAAAUGUUGGCAGAAGUAAUGAUUCUAGAGAAUUAAUCAGAACAGAGUUACCAAAAAAAAGGCCUUCUUCAGAUCAAGCAAGCAACAGCAACAAAACUCAAGGAACUGAUUUAAAUUUUGAGAUGUAUUCAGUUGGUGAAGAUAUUAAAAAAACUAAGAAAGAAAUUAUCAAGUUACAACAAUCAUUACAAAGGAAUGCUGAAAGGAAUGAAGCUGCUUGUGCACAAAUGAAACAAAAAAUGACAGUUCAAACUGGCAUCCUACGAAACUUAGAAGCUAAAGAACAAAGAAUUGGUGAAGAAAUUAAUAAAAAGAAAAAUCAUAAAAAGAUAGCCAUAUUUUGAUUAUAUAUUUAAAUUGACAUGCUUUGUAAAUAAAUAUUUUUUAUUUUU